AUGGCAUCAACGACAACUGGUACUACGAUCACAGGAAGUCCAACCGGGGCCAUAACACGAGCAGAUGAUCUGAUUAUUGGCAUAUGUAAUACAACAGCUGGUGGAUCUACUGGUAGAUCUGGCCAAAAUUAUCCAGGCGCCGAAAUUCCAUAUUACGCGAUUGAUGGUAAUAUAAAUACAAAAUAUCUCAACUUUGGAGAUGGAUCCUAUGGCUGCUAUGGUUCAGCUCCUCCCGGAAUUAAUACUGGAUUUUAUAUUACACCUACUAUAAGUAAUGCAACUGUUGCUAUUGGUCUUCUUUUUGCGACUGCAAACGAUUUCCCUAGUCGUGACCCAAUAAUGGUAACUCUUGAAGGAACAAAUGAAACAACUACUGAAGCUCUCAAUUCUGGAGCAAGUUGGACAUUGAUAUACAGUGGUUCAACAGGUAUUGAUUCACCUAUUGAUCCUGAUCGUCUAACAUAUGUUUCUCGACAAAAUUUCUCGAAUACAGUGGCCUUUAGUAGCUAUCGGCUUCUUGUAACUGCAAAACGUGGUAGUAGCGAUUCAGUGCAAUAUGCCGAAGCUCAUAUAAUGGGAUAUAUUUACAAUUCUUAA